CAUGAAGUCCUCCUACACAGCAAGCGGUGCUGCUGGCUCGGAAAAUCUCUAUACCUCUGAGCAGUUUUGUUUUUAUCUCCAUUUUAGAGAGCACUGUCGCAUUAUAACAUGACUGAGGCCGUGACAGCAGCACAUCGGUGUUCAUAUCAGACAGUUGCCUAGCAACCCCAACUGAUGAUGGGUGACACAGAGAAGCAGAAUUUGGAGGAGGUGGAGGGGCAAAGCUGUGUGACAGCAGCCUCCAGCACCACUGCACCCAUUAACAAUAGCACAUCAGUGAGUUCCACACCCAGACCAAAUACUCCCACAGGCACACAGGCGACUUCUGCUCUACCUCUGGGAAACAUGUCCUCAGACAGACAGGCGGUCCAGAUAAUUCCCCAUCAGUCCCAGGUAAUUCAACAGGCAUUGCACAGACCACAGAGUAUGACAGCUCAGUACCUGCAGCAGAUGUACGCCGCUCAACAGCAGCACAUCUUGCUGCAAACAGCUGCUUUACAACAGCAACAUCAGCAGAACCUCACUGCUGCACAGAUCCUGGCCACCACACAGUCGGUAUCACAAACUAAUGGCAGCCAGCUCACAUCUUCUCCUCCAGCCACAAAUGGAAAUGUAACUCAGCUGGCUAGUGUGUCUCAGACAUCAAUCACCAUACCAACCUGUUCUGUAAAUCAGCCAAUUGGCCGCAUCCAGGCCAGCAGCUCCAAUAGCACAGGAGGAGCCGUAUCCCAGCAGACCAUGCUUCUAGGAAACAACUCUCCCACAGGUAGCCAGGCCCAAAUGUACCUGCGCACUCAGAUGUUGAUUCUCACCCCUGCGGCUACAGUAGCUGCUGUUCAGCCUGAUUUAACAGUCGUGUCCUCUCAAUCAGCAUCAUCACAGAGCUUGGCGCUUCGCACAAAUCUCCAAGGAUCACUUGCUGCACCCCAUAACAUCCAGAUCAAGCCUUCCCCUCAAGCCCAGACGCUGGUGACCCCUCUUCCCAAAAUGUCUAUUUGCCCACUGAAGUCCACACAAGUGUCCCAAAACCUGAUCGAAACUUCUCGAAGUGAGGCACUUGUGACCAGUGUCUCUCAGCCACUAGCAUCCCACUCACUCAUUGCUCCAUCAACAUUUUCCCCAGUCCAGUCUCAUACACUGGUCAGACAUCAUCUGCAUUGCCAUCCCGGCCAGAGGAUGGCGCCACACCAGCUCAUUAUUCAACAGAGCGCCACUGCUCAAAGACAGGUCCAGCCCAUCGCUCUGCGCGUCACACCACGAGGCAUCUCUCCUCCACCUCUCGCCUUGCAGACCCGCACCACUCCCACUACAGCCACCGUCCAAUCACAACACAUCGAGCUCCUCUCCGUGCCCUCCUCCACAAAUCAAACAGCCAAUCAGCAAGCUGUAGUCUCUACCUCCACGCCAACACUCCCCGACCCACCACCUCUUCAUCUGGGUCCGGUAUUAGACCCGGUCUCUCAGUAUACACCACUGUCCUGUCCCCCACCUCUCACCAUGGCCCUGCCCAGGCUAAUGCAGCCACCGAGACUAUCUCUGCGCUCCGUUCAGACCGUGGCUGUCCAGUCUGAUCAUAUGCUGGUGUCCGAGGAGGGACUUCCAGCCGCUGAAGCUCUGGUUCAGCUUCCUUUUCAAAACCUACCACCACCACAGACAGUGGCCGUGGACUUGAAGCUGCAGCCUGCCACACAAACAGAAGCUCUGUCGGCAACUCAGUUGUUAAAAGAGAGUGAAGGCAUGAAUCUGGUUAAGGAUGCGUUGAGGAACAGAACGCCCACCCCGGCACCGACAUCCCCCCCGGUCGAACCCCAGACAAGCUCUGAUGAUGUACCGGCUCAGCCAGAAAACUGCACAGCUGAUCAGGACCAACCCCGCGUACCGCCCGUGAACCAGUCAUCGGAGGACCCCACAUACGCCAACAGUUUCCCCCCUCCCCUCCUCUCUUCUGCGGUAAGAAGGUUUCCCCCAGCCAGCCUUCCGGGGAACCCUGAGGGUCAGCCCUCACAGGCCAUCGUUAGACCUCACAUCCUCACACACCUCAUUGAGGGCUUCGUCAUCCGAGAGGGCCUGGAGCCGUUCCCGGUCAGACGUGCCUCCCUGGAGAUGAACCUGCAGGCCACAUUACCAGAAGAUGGAGAUAUUCAUGGAGAAACAGUCCAGGAUGACUGUCUGAUGGAUCCAGACAACUCGAGUGAUUCUGACAUUGAUAACCUACCUGCUGAGGAUGAGCAGACAGUCGAAAAAGUGGCCAAUGUGUUGGAAUGCGAGUUCUGUGGGAAGAGAGGCUUCGCUCAAACCUUCCUCAGAUCCAAACGCUUCUGCUCCAUGGCGUGUGUCAAAAGGUGGUAUUCUCGUAGUAGUUCACGUCCUUUUCUCACCUACAAAACUGUACACCCUUGCUUUGACAAACAGCUCUCGCACGUCUCUCACAGAUUCAAUGUGAGCUGUAAGAAACGUCUAAACCUGUUAAGGAUGGAUAAACUUAGCCGCUGGCCCCACAGACCCACGGGAAGGCGUGGGAGACCACCCAGUCGUAUAAACAGCGGCUCUAGGGAACACUUUUUCAGAAAGCACAUUAUAUCCUUGCAGCUGCAAGAGUCCCAUCCUACCGAUGGCAGCCAGAGAGUGUACAAUUCCUCAGUGUGGAUUGAGAGAGAUGAGGAAGAGGAUCCACCGGGCCCAAUGACAACCAGGCUGCGUCUUCAGACAGAGAGAGAGAAAGAGCAGGACCGAGAGCGAGAACAGAGCCGGGUGGAGAGCUGCAGCAGCUCCGACUGCUUUCUUGACUUGAAGCCCUCGCAGUGGAACGUGGAGAACGUCUGCUCCUUCAUCGGUUCCUUACCAGGUUGUCAUGACAUCGCCGCAGAGUUUCGCUCACAGGAGAUUGAUGGACAGGCGCUGUUGCUGCUGACAGAGGAUCAUCUCAUGAGCGCUAUGAACAUUAAACUGGGCCCUGCUCUUAAAAUCUGUGCACAGAUCAACACUCUCAAAGCAACUUGAAGACUCUUGUCCUGUCCGAUGUUUUGAAUCUCAGAUGUGGUUUGUUCGCUCUCAGUAUGAUGGUCAUACUGUCCUAUCCUGCCAUAAUAGAAUUAAAGGAAUAGUCUACUCAUUUUCAAUAUUAAAAUAUGUUAUUACC